AUGAGCAGAAGGAGCAUUACCUGGAGACCUCCACCGGGGGACUGGCUGAAGGCUAACGUAGACGAUGUGUAUAGUAGAUCGACGGCAGAGGGAGCAACUGCAGUUGUGAUUCGAGACAAUUCCGGAAAAUUGUUAACAGGAGAAUCAAUGAGAAUCAGAGCUUAUUCUAGCCUAGCAGCAGAAGCAGAAGCAAUGAGAAGGGCACUAAUUCUAGCCACAAAUCUUAAUAUGGAGCAAAUUUUAAUAGAAUCGGACAAUUUACCUCUUGUGCAAGCAGUGAAAUCAAAGACUUAUAUAGGAGAGGUGGAAUCAAUUCUUCGAGAUAUUUUUCUUCUGGCUGAGAGUCUGUCCAAUUGUGGCUUUACAUGGGUCCCUAGAGAGGGAAAUAAAGUCGCUAAUGGAGUGGCGAAAUGUUCCCUAAUAGGCCGAUUGGAGGAAAACUGGAGACGGAAGCCCCCACGAGAAAUAACAGAACAAUUAAGGAGUGAAGCUUUGAACCAGAACGGAUGCAUUCCAGAAUUCAGAGGCAAGAAAAUCUGA